AAGCGACCGGAUCGUUGAUACAAAGAACUACCUGAUAAGCUCAUCGUGGAAGAGACCAAGGAUUCGGCGCCUGCCACUCAGAAUGCAUCAUCCACCAUUGACAAAUGUAUUUGCUGACAUCUGUUCCAAUGUCAGCAAUUCAAUUUACAAGAGAACUGGUACAUGAAUAAACGUCAACCGUUCUUGCAAAGGGAACAAAAACAUAUUAUGUGGCACCUUUUCUGAGAAACCUGGGGUCUGGACUCACGCACACUAUGGCCAAACACAACCCUGUACUGCAGCUGUCAAGUUUAGGUAAACCAUUUAUUCGUUAAUUUAUUCAUAAUCACCCCCAAACCCACCCUCAGUCCAAGGCAUGAUAUGUAAGCAUUAAAAAGUCAUCACUGGCACUAGCUCAAUUAUAUUUAAGAGGAAGUUGAGUCAUAGUCAGUCUUUUGCAUAGCAGAGACUGUCUCAUCUAACAUCACUCUGUUGUUUAGAUCUUGACCCUCAGGUAAACUUCUACUGGAUGAGAGGACAGAGGACCUUUCCAAGGGGACAUCAGGGUGGCCGCGGCAAGCCAAUCAGAUUCCAGAUUGACGAUAAACCACACAGUCAGAUAAGGAUACCUCAACAACUUCCACAGGUACUACAUACACAGCAACAGUGAUGCAAAACUCAGUGAUUAUCAAGUUAUUAUCUAGCCCAUGAUCAUUACUCUCAGUUCCAUUCCAUUACACAUAAGAGUAAUUGGACAAAGGCGUCUUCUGUACGGGGGAGUUUUGUUAAGAGCCCCUACGCUCAAACUGUACAUUAACGCAUCGCUUGCGGUGUGGUUUUGGAAGCAUAAGGACCUUAUUUUUAAUAUCUACGAGAAAUAAACGAAAAGGUUAAAUUGAUACACACCUUGAUAGUGUUCCCACACGGCCAUAUCUCCAUGUUACAGCACUUGUUUACGGAAGACGAGAGGCGACCACCUGUGCUAAUUAGCUAUCUAGUUUGUUCCGAACACCUGUGUGUAAGCGUAACUCGGGAAGUGUAGCUGAAGUGUAGUUUUGUUGGAUGAAGGCACCCAUAGCUGUAUGGAUCAGUGCAAAACUGCUACAGUAAGUGUAUCUUUUUUAUUUGAAGGAUUCUUUCUCGCUGAUGAAAGAUAAGGGCCAUAUGUUUCGAAAGCCGUAUCGCAAGCAAUGUUAUUGAUGUUUCUAAACGUAAAAAUACAGCAUGGGGAUUGUAGUUCACAUGAGCCAGUUGUGGGCAAAGCUAAUGGCUGAAAACUGUAGGGAGAAGGCAGAAUGCCGCCUAGAGUUUUAGAGAGCUAGCUAUUAUCAUAUGUCAAACAUUGACGUCAAUUCGUCAAGCUGGGUUUUGGCCAAACUGUUUUUUGGGGAUGGAAUUAGACCUACAUUAGAGUGCGAGUCGUUUGCAAAUUGAUCUCCAUGGACCAUCUCUUCCAGUUUGUCUCCCUUGAGGCAGCGAUUUCUGCUGAUGACCUAGAGAUAAAGUGUGCCCCAGACCUGCUUCCCAUGUUCAGGAGACAGUAUGAGAACAACAUCUUCACAGGUAAUAAUGGAGUUGGCUCUGGAUGUAAAAUGAGUGUCACAAGGUUUUGGUUGUUAAUCUAGUAAUAUUGAUCAAUAUGUUUGCGCUAGCCUGGAACCGGUCUGUUUCCUCUUUAGCCAUUUACUUUGUCAUUCUCAUAGGUGGCGCAUCAACUAACCACACAUUGUUUCCACUAGUGGUGGUGGUAUCAAUGUAUUCUGUGUAGGUGUCUAUUUUAACAUGGAUAUUUUUCUCUCUUUGCUUUCCCAGGAGCCAAGGUUCCUGACCCAGGGUGUUAUGGCCACACCCAGUUCCACCUGGUCCCUGAUAGGUACCGCAGGGACAAAAUGGCCAAACGGAACCUGACUGACCAGAUCGCGGUCUACCUGAGAGCUAAUGGCAUUGCCAGUCAAGGUGUGUAGAGUCAUUACUUGAAAAUCAGGUGUUAUUCUCCUUACCAUCCUGAGCAUUAGUAACUUUUCAUUCAUUUUACCAUUCAGCUGUUUUCUCUGACUGCUCUUGAAUAAAUGUAUUCUUGAUGCAUUUUAGUUGUGAAUACCACCAUUUGUUGUUAAAGCACAUUUGUAAUCUUGAACAAAACAUAACCAGGUUUCUGAAGCCACGAGGAUGAGGAUGUGACCAGGCCCUUUGUGUCCCAGGCUGGGAUCACUGAUGGCCAGUACUUCUCCUUCUUCUGUUACCAGCUCAACACCCUGGCCCUGUCCAUGGAGACGGAUGCUGUUAACCCCAGGAAGAACUUGUGCUGGGGGACAGACAGUAUUUGUCUGUAUGAGGUGAAGGAUGUUGUUGUGGUGGGGCUGGAUGACAGGGUCCUCAAGCUCCUGGUCUGGUUCCUACUGGGCAGGUCAGGUGGA